UAAAAAACAAAAUCUCACCUUCCUUUUAAAAUAACAUAAUAAAUUCUGAAUUUUUUCCUCUCAAACUUUCUUUUUCUUCUACCAAAGAAAAAUGGAGAGCCAAACCACUGUAAACAAAGAAUCCAAAAAUCUAUCACCAUGCAGCAGUGGAAGAAGAAGCAGUACAAGCAGCCAUUCAAGUUCACCCGAAUUCGAGUUUUGGAUGGUCCGGAAUCCUUCAUUUCCUCCGCCUGAUCUUAUCUCCGCCGAUGAACUCUUCGUUAAUGGCGUUCUCCGUCCUCUCCAUCUCCUACCCAACAAUCAACCUGAAGAGAACCCACAGACCGAACAGAAUCCACCCGCAGCAGAACCAUCUGUACCCGACCCAGAGCCUAGCCCUCUUAUAGCAUCUGAGUCUGCUCCUGUCUUAUCAGUUUCGAAGCGGUGGAGAGAUAUUUUCAAGAAAGAAAAGGGCAAGAUAGGAGCCAAAAACCAACAAGACAAGGAUUCAGAGAAAGAGAGGAAGAAAGAAAAGAAGACUCAGAAUCAAAGCGGAGGGAGUCCGGCUGAGUUGAACAUAAAUAUCUGGCCUUUUUCAAGGAGUAGAUCCGCAUGUACGAGUAGGACCCGACCCAGAAUGACCGCCUCCGCGGCGGGUGCCCGGAAAGUAAGUAGCGCUCCAUGUUCUCGCAGCAACUCAGCCGGUGAAUCCAAAUCUAGAAAAUGGCCGAGUAGUCCCAGUAGGGCAGGGGUUCACUUGGGGCGAAGCAGCCCGGUUUGGCAGGUUCGUCGUAGUGGUUCCGCUGUUAAGAACUUCGAUGCUUUGGCUCGAACCGCUGACAAGGGUAGCGGUAAAAAGGAAGUUACCAAAACUCGUCGCGGUAAAACUGGUAACUGUGGCAACAAUAAUAACAAAGCCAAAGUUUUGAAUUUAAACGUGCCAAUGUGUAUGGGGUAUAAGCAUCAUUUGAAUUGUAGAAUGGACGAUAAUAGUGCCGCAGUUUCCGGUUACACUACCAACCGAAGUGGCGGCAGCGGCGGAAACGUUGGAAGCGGUAAUAAUUUUUUUAAUUUGCGAAGUCUUUUCACUAAAAAAGUUUAUUAAGUGUGUAAAUCAUUAUUAA